ACCAGGCAACCAAUGAAACUGGCAGGGCAAGACGGCAUCAUCUCAGCCUCGCCCAACUGCAUCAUUAUAAACGAAAUCAGAGGCUUAGACACGCGAAAAUUAAUUAAAAAAUUAAAUCAUUCGACGGGGGAGCCUAACUGCUAGCAUCAAUCAAAUUGCGAUUAUUCUUUAUGGUUGCAUCGUAAACAAGGAGACAAUGACGAGCAUGAAAGAAAUGGCCGAAACAACGACAGAGGAUGUUUAUGAUGAUGCUUACGAGGAGAAACCGGGCCCGAGUCCUCCAAUGAAAAUCGUAUGGAGAAACGUUAUAUUAAUGUCUCUUUUGCACGUAGGAGCUCUUUAUGGUCUGAUGAUUCUUCCAUCUGUCUCAUCCUUAACGCUGAUAUGGAUGGGAGUGUGUUUCAUGAUAAGUGCUCUAGGAAUAACUGCCGGCGCCCAUCGCCUUUGGAGCCACAGGUCCUACAAAGCCUCAUUGCCAUUACGAAUAUUCCUAGCGAUUGCAAACUCCAUGGCUUUUCAGAAUGAUAUCUAUGAGUGGGCCAGAGACCAUCGUGUCCAUCACAAGUUUUCCGAGACUCAUGCAGACCCACAUAAUGCCCGCAGAGGAUUCUUCUUUGCUCACAUCGGCUGGCUGCUGGUCCGCAAACACCCAGAAGUUAUUGAGAAAGGACGCAAACUGGAGCUUGCUGAUCUAAAAGCGGAUGGGGUUGUAAUGUUUCAGAGGAGGCAUUACAAGUUAUCUGUGGUGGUGAUGUGCUUUUUCAUUCCCACGUUUGUACCUUGGUUCUUUUGGGAAGAGAGUCUUUUGACCAGUUACUUAGUUCCUUGUCUGUUGAGAUACACUGUGUCCCUUAAUGCGACCUGGCUGGUCAACAGUGCAGCUCACAUGUGGGGAAUGAGACCUUAUGACCACAACAUCAAUCCCAGAGAGAACAAGUUUGUUGCCUUCAGUGCCAUCGGUGAAGGAUUUCACAACUAUCAUCACACAUUCCCCCAUGAUUACGCUGCAAGUGAGUUUGGCAGUCGGCUGAAUUUGACCAAGGCGUUUAUAGAUCUCAUGUGCUUCUUUGGACUGGCCAAGGAUUGCAAGAGGGUAACUCAUGAGACCAUCAUGGCCCGCGUUCAACGCACUGGUGAUGGCAGCCACAAAAGUGGUUGAUUUAAGUACAUAUGACAAAACAAAAAAAGUUAUAAGGCAACAUAUACAAAAGCAUUUGCAGCAUUUCUUAGUGUGCAAAGAAGAUUGAUCUAUAUACACUCUCAUAUAAAAUAAGAAACUCUAGAGUGUGUUGGACUAAUAUGUGUUCUUAAGAAUUCUUUCCUUUUCAUGACAUGUAUUGGACUGUGGGAGAUUGUUUUCAGAGAUGGUAAAGGCCAUAUAUUGGGAGAAUAAUUAUGUCUCAGUCUGCCUCAAGAGGCAAGAGAUGGUACUUCACUAGUUAAGCAGCCAUGUGCCUCAUUACAGCCCUCUCUCAUGAAUAGGUUGACCCAUGUUUUCUCUGGCUAAGCAGUUACUGUUAUGAUUUUAAAACAUCAUUCCAGCGAGCCAUACAAGCUGUAAAUUUAAGAUGACAUGCUAUUAAUAUACUGGCACUAUAUUACAUUUUCGUAGAUGAUAAAAGCUGAUUUCCAUUUGAAACUGAAAUCAAUUUAACCACCACCAAAAUAGUUUUUUAUAGGUCCAUAUAUGUAGUCAAAUAAGACUGUGCCAUAGAAAAGUGAAAAUUUGGGAAAAUUGUUCUCAAUUGAGCUAAAAUGUUGACUUGUAUAACUCUUAUUUAUUGUUAUUCUACAUGCCAAUGCAAAGGUCUUCAGAUCAGUGAUGCUUGUAAUGAGGAAUUCCCUCAAGUAAAAUGAGCAAUUUAUCAGAAAGUUUAAUUUCUUAAUCAUUAUUUUCCAUGUUGCAUAGUGCUCUUAUCUGGUUUCCUUGGACUCUUGUGGUCCUGAAAAAAAAAAUACCUAUCAAAUGACCAUAUAAGCCUAUAUGGUGAACUUUUUUUUAAUUACAAAUAUAUUGGAAAGGACUAUUUCAAGUAUUAUGAAAUAUAUUUAACCAAAAAUACAUUUUGAAAGAAAUGUGUCUGUUGGAGUAAAAGUAUUAAGGUGUACACUUAUUCUAGCAGAUUUAUUAUAGGACAUUUAUUUGUCCUUAUGAUGUAAUCCGAGGAUUGGAAUAUUUAAAUGUCUUCAUCAGAUAGAAUCUUGCCCUUUGCCUUAUAAAAUAGGCCUAUAUAUAUUCAGAUUUUGGGUUGGACUCAAAAUUGAAAAAACAAAGAUGAUGUAUAGCAUCAGAAAAAUUAUUUCAAACUUAUGAAGUUUUAAGUCAUUCAGGGUGGGCUGUUUUCUUGGCUCUUCUGUGAUGAAUUAAUGAUCAUUUGUAUCUCCCUACAUAUAUAUUUUUUUUCCUCAUAAAUGUUUAUAGGUUGAUAGUGGUAUGCAUUUUCAAAUGUAAAAAAUUCCAGAUGCUUUAUAUAUUUAAAACAUACACACCGUUUUUAAGAAGAAACACAAAUUUACACUGUUCUGCAGCUUAAUUAUUUAUACAGUGUUGACCUUUGAUGUCUGGGAGCCUUAAUGGGCACAUUUUUAAGGAAUGUGGUUUCAUGUACCAUAAACCAAAAUUUCUCAGAGUGGAAAAGUUUUGCGAGUUGUACUGUGAGUUUUGUUAUGAAUCAAUAUUAAUCUUUUCUUAAUUGAAUAAAAUGUGUGUAUAUGUGAAAA